UUGUUUCGUAGGUUUCGUUUUUUCAAAUAUAAAUCUUCUCUUCAUCAUUCUUAUAAUCCUCAUUCCAAACCUAAUCAAUAAUCAAAGAUGAAGCAAUUCUCGAGACUUCUCUUCAUUUCCGUUCUCUAUUUAUCAUCUGUCAAUGCUGAUUCCAGCCUUAUUACCAGUCUCUGCAAACACUGUGACGAUCCAAAACUCUGUCUCUCGAGCAUAUAUGCCCGUCCCGAGUCAGGGGAGUUUGCAGCCACCACCAACCAGAUCGAGAUCAUAGCUAUCUCUGCCGCCUCAGCUAAUGCCUCCUCCACUUCCGCCUAUAUUAAGGAAAUGCUUAGCCGAGAGGAUCUGGAGCCGGCUACGGAGGCCACAUUCGAGGACUGCCAGAAGAAUUACCAAGAUGCCGUGGAGCAGCUCGACGACUCGAUAUCCGCCAUGCUUACUGAUGCACACGCCGACGUCGAUGUCUGGCUGAACGCUGCAAUCAGCGCCAUCAAAUCUUGUAGCAAUGAGUUGGAGUCAGGCGCCGGAAAUGAUGCAGAGCUUUCUCAGAGAAACCUAGUUUUUCUUAAACUGUGCAAAAAUGCUUUGGUGAUUAACAAAAUGUUAACAUGAGAUUAACUCCCAACAUUUGAAUGUUACCGUACAAUAUUUUGUUGUUUGUUUGAUUUUUUGUCAACUUUUUCUUGUAUUGAUUUAUAUGUAUCAUUGCAUUGCAUUAAAUAAAAACAUCAAAAAGAGUUUCUUUUUCAUAGUUUCAUGAUCAAAUACAAUGUCAAUUUUCAACAAUGAAAUGCAUUUUUUUGACAAAAGAAUGUACAUGUUACAAUAUUGAGAUCCAGCCCAGAUGAAUACUGUCCACUGGGCCCAAACUGUGACACAUAUAAAUAGGUUCAUAAUGUUGGUUUAUACGGUUAUCAAAGUAAAACCAAACUUACUAUUCUUGACUUAAUCUAUACGGUUUCAGUUUGGAUUGUAUAUAACCAGGUCGAUCUUAUGUAUUCAUAAGAACAUAUAUUCAGUUUCAGUCCAUUUAUUUGGUUUGAUUAAGAUGAAACUGAAUCAAUCAAGUUUAUUUAGAAGAUAAUUCCCUAUCUUCAAUAUAAAAGAAAAUGAUCACAGACAAUAUGAUUAGGCGAUGUAGAAAAAUGUGUAAAAGCAAAACAAUGGUGGGUAGUUGAGAUCCAGUAACAAAUGAAACCAAUGGUGGAGAUCUACUCGACCCAUCAUGCAAUUUUUCUAGUCAAAUUGUUCUCCAAACUCCAACUCCACGUUAACCUCUACCAUAUUCAUAAUGUAACGAAUGUAGUUAAGUAUUUUGAUUUAUCUAUAUCAACUCAAUAUUUCUCUCUUUUAUAAAAAAAGGUAAACUAGAAUAACCGAGUGACAAGCUUGGAGAUAUAAUAAUUAAGACUCAUGAUUAAAAUCUGAUAUUUUUCAGAAAUGUACGAUCACGAUCAAUUUUGACAUGAUUUUUAGAGGUUGCUUGUAAGAUAGGGUUGUUGAAUAGAUUCUAGAUUCAAUGUCCCAGAAAAUGACAAAACACAGAUACCUUUCUUCUCCACUUGGACCAAUAAUAUAUAGCAACUUGUUCUAAGCUUUAAUUACUUAUUUUUCCAAAUAUUUUGUUUCUUUGCUAUUCAUCACUCAAAAGGUAAUUCACAUUGUUAUACGUUUAUUAAAUACCAUAUGGGUAUUAAGAAAUAAGCUUCAAAUUUAAAGGUUACAAUAUAUACAUAUAUGUGAAGUAAUUCAAACAAUAUGCACAUCAAAGAUGAGAUCAUAAGAGAAAACUUGCACUCUUUUAAUGGAUUUCAAGAUUCCACAAAGACCCCACCAUUUGUUGCCUUUCCUCUUAACAAUGAUAGAAUCUUGCUUUCUCUUUUUAUAAAUAUCUAUGAAUAAUACUAUAUUUUAUCAAUCAACUUGAUUAUACUAAUCAUACUCUGGUAUUCAAGAAUAUGCAAUUAGAAACAUUCUUCUACUUUACUUUUUCAAAACAUUUAAACAUGAUUAGCUAAUGGGUAAUGGUUUAGAUAAGAAUCUGAAUUUUAGUGAGCCCAUAUAAUCAAGUUUUGUGAUGGCCGUGGACAAUAAUAAUAUUUAUUUGAUAUAUCACUAUAAUUUUGAAUAUGUGAGAAUGUAUGGGAAAAUCAAGUUGAAGGAUCCGAUGAAGUUGUAACUUGCAAAGGAAUGGGCAGAAGGAACCAAGUUGGCAGGGAAAACACGCAAAUCUAUGUGAGGGCUGAAAAGAACACUUCACAUUAAUCUAAUACUACUGUACUAUAUAAUCUUCUUUCUUUGUCACGCAAAUUUACUUAUACAUAAUUAUAUAUCAAUACACUAAUCGUAAAGUAGAUUUGCCUACCUUGGAAGCACACAAAAGAAUUCUAAUUGCUUCCAUCACACUCCAAUGCUAUCCUCACACUGAUAACUAUGCAAUUAGAUUCCUAAUAAAUCAAGAUUUUCCUAUGAAGACUAUAGUAAACACUCACUAUCAAGUAAUUAUUCAUUAAAAUAAUAAAGUGGAUGAUUAUAUGUAGACUAUGUAGUUAACCACAUACAAUGACAUAUAACUAAUGACAAAUGACAAUUCGACAAUAACCAAAAAUAUUAUGGUCUAAUUCAAACUACGUGUACCAGCAGAUCAAUCUAUAAUAAUACCAAAUGAUAAUUCGCUAGGGGUAUUU